AUGACUGAAUCUACAACAGGAUCUUUUUCAACAAAUUUAAUUUCUGACGACGAAGAUGACAAAGAAUCAAUUAGAUCUAUACCUCCAAAUACUACUAACGUCGCCAACAAUAUCACAAAUACUGCCACUGCUUCUAAUAUUUCAUCAUCGUCACCAUAUUUUGUAGAAAAUUUCCAUAAAAAUAAUAAAAAAUCAUUUGCUAAAAGUCGACGACCAGCUCCCCUUUCAUCAAUUCAGUAUAAUUCUCCCACUGCUGUUACUACACCUGUCACUUCUACUGUUAAUUAUAACACCUAUGUUACCCCAAGAAGAACUGCUUCAAAUCCUGGUAAUGGUCUACGAAAAAAUAAUUCAUUACGCUUCUUCAAUAAUUAUUCACAGUCUUUGCCAUCACAAAGUUUCACUCAAUAUCUGUCACAAAUACCAGGAACCCCAACCACACCAUGGACGAGUAAUAGCUUACCAUCGCCUUUGAGUAGCCCAAGAUCCAGUGUUACACCUACAGGAACUUUUAAGAAUGAUAUAACGUCUAAAAAUAUGGAUCUAGGAUAUGCAUCGUGCUUAUUAAAUCCUUUAUAUAAUCCAUUAUUUUACGAAAAAGAAGAAGAAACUUCAAAUAUGGUAGAAUAUGGAUUGCCAGAAUUACCACCAAAUGAUAUACAUUUAAAACCUUUUUGGUUGAUGAGAUUAUUGGAACGAACCAUGACCACUGGUGGAUAUUUAACACCAAAAUUAUAUAUUCCAAGACAUUUAUGGUUGCAAGGACAUGCAAAACUUAAUGCAUUGGAAACUAAAAUUUCUAGUUGUGAUGUUGUUUUAAAUUGUUUGCUAAGAUUGACAAAAUCUUCGAUUAACGAUAUGGAUGCUUUAGCAAAGGAAUUAGAAGGUAUUGACCUUAUACUUGAUGGAUUACAAAACUCGCUGGCACGUAAAAUAAGUUAUAUAGAGUCUACAACUGGUAAAGGUAAACAGAGUGCCAGUUCACUGAUGAGUUGGGGAUCCAAAUUAUCACGUGGACUUGAUCGAAUGGGUAUGAGUAAUGCCAUGAUUCGUAGUGAAGAAGCUAACGGAUAUGUUGAUGUGCUAUUAAAAUUAUUUCAAAAUGUUGAUAUAGUAGGUCAGUGA